AUGUCGAACCGUCUAACUUUAGCUGUAGAUCCAAAGGCUGUCAUUCUAAGACAAUGUGUAAUUCUAUCGAAGACCCUAAGGAAUGAUAGUAAACAAAGGGCAACACAUCUCCAAUCUGCCAGUAUGGCUGCGAUUCUCGGCGGAGGAAGUGAGGUGUUUAUGGAUGACAGUGAACCUAGUAUAGAAAUAUUUGAAAAUCCAUCUUUGAAUAAAUAUAAUAAUCCAUUUCUUACUGAGAUAAUACAAUUGGAAAGAAAUCUAAAUUCCAUAGAACCAAUUCAGAAUAUUGAGCUCAUUACCAUAUUGCAACCAUUCCUUACCAUUAUUAAAGAUGAUUCGGCAUCUGGUUAUCUUACAGCGCUUGCAUUAGAUGCUGUCCACACAAUCUUAUUACUGGAAUUACAUACAGAUGAAUCAUUGGAAAAUAUUAAGGCUCACAGGGAGCUUAUGAAUUCCUUAACUCAUUGCAGAUUUCAGGGAUCGCAUAAAGUGUCUGAUGAUACGGUGCUUUAUAAAGUUAUUAACAUUGUCCAACUUGUUUUUAAUUGCAAAUUUGGAGAUACGAUGUCUGAUUCGAUAGUAUACGAUACCUUGCAAAGUGUAUUGUCUUUGGCCUGUAAUAAAAAGAGGACAGAGGUUCUAAGGAAUGCAGCUGAAUCAACAGUGCUAUUAAUUACUGUGAAUAUAUUUAAAAAGUUGAAAUAUGCGAAGCCAUCCGAGUCUACCCAAGUUUAUAUUAAUGAUGAGACAUAUUCAAGAAAAAGUUUACAAUUAGACAUAUUGGGAACUCGUCCGAGCAAUGACUUACCAAUUAGAAUAAGUGAUGACAGAACCGCUAGUAAUAUUACCCCUUCAAUAAAAGAAGAAGAAUCGAUCAAUUCAGAGGUAGAAUCAAUUAUAUCAGACAAUGAUUUUGAUAAAAGCUAUGGAAUUGGGAUAAUAGCAAAUUAUUGUAACUUAUUGCUUUCCCUGAUUCUUCCUGAGAACCGAACGAAGCAUACUUCUUCGAGUAGAAUAUUAGGUCUAAAAAUAUUUACGACUAUGUUUGAAACUGCUGGAGAUGUUUUCUUGUCACAUCCAAAAUUAUUCAACCUUCUGUCAGAUCCAAUAUUUAAAUGUGUUUUAUUCAUUAUACAAACUUCGGACAAGAUUUCCAUACUGGAAGCAGCAUUAGAGCUUUUCACGACCAUAGCGGUUACCUUUGGGUCUCGUUUGAAAAUGCAACUUGAAUUGACUUUAAAGUAUUGCUUCGAUGUACUUUUAGACCUUCAACCCAAACAAAAUAUUAUCAAAGAAUUGAUAGUGGAACAUCUGGCACUCCUUUGGACACAUUCAGAAACCUUCUUUUUAUCUACAUUCAUAUCCUAUGACUGUGAUUUAGAUAGUUCAGAUAUCGCUACCAGAUUCUUAGAAAUCAUGGUACAGCUAACCAAACCUAGCUCCACUUUACAUACCACUGAAUUUAUCCCACCUAUUUGUCUUGGUGCGUUAAUCACAGUGAUUAAUAAUAUUUCCACAUAUUCCAACAAUAUAGCAAAAGAUAAAUUUGAUGAUGCAAGUAGGAAAGUAGUACCGAAUGGCCUCAAACAAAGGGAUCGCAAAGAGCUAUUUAUUAAAUGCGCGAAAGCUUUCAAUAAAAAGGCUAAGGUUGGUCUUGAAAUGUUUGUUGAGAAUCAGUUUAUAAAAUCUGACAAUGAUCUUGAUAUAUCUCAGUUUCUUUUCGCUAACAGUGGUCGAUUGAACAAGAAAGUCAUCGGAUUACUACUCUGCGACCCAUCAAGGAGUUCUUUACUCAAAUCUUUUAUGAACUUAUUAAAUUUCAAACAUCUGAGAAUAGAUGAGGCUCUUCGAAUAUUUUUAACUAAGUUUAGAUUACCUGGGGAGUCACAGCAAAUUGAAAGAAUUGUUGAAGCCUUUUCAUGGAAGUAUGUCCAAGAUCAGGAUUACGAUCCCUCGCAACUUCGAUACGCUGAUACAGAUGCCUCUUUGGAGGACAGAACCCAAAUUACCUGCGUUCAACCAAAUUCGGACUCGGUGUUUGUUUUAAGUUAUUCCAUUAUAAUGCUAAAUACUGAUUUACACAAUCCGCAGGUCAAAGAGCACAUGUCGUUUGAAGAUUACGCAGACAAUCUAAAGGGUUGCUAUAACGAAACACAUGAUUUUCCACGUCAUUAUAUUCAGAAAAUAUACACUUCCAUAAGGGAUAAGGAAAUUGUAAUGCCUGAGGAGUUCCAUGGGACUGAACAAUGGUUUGAAGAUUCAUGGAGUAAUCAAAUAUCCACUAACACAGUAAUUACUGAAAUGCCAGAAAAUACAGAGCUGAAUAUAAUUAAAGAAAUGAGUCAACUAGAAUUGUUACAAUUCUAUAAAUCAAUGUUUAGACAGGUGGGUGAAGCUAUUAUCAAUUGUCUCUUCAAUCUAUUAUCAAUUAGUACAGAAAUGGCCACUUCUGAGGUUCUUCUUAAAGCCAUUAAAAAAUGUGCAAAUAUUGUUAUUUUGUUUGGGUUGAAGGAGUUGUCUUUUAUUAUUUCUCAUGAUCUGGCAAAGAUGAGCACACUUCUUGAUAAUUUCGAAAAAAAUACUACUGGAACAUCUUCUGAAAUAAACGAUGAUGUUUCCAUUGACGCUGCAUGGAAAUCUUUCCCUUUAAUCGAAGUUAUUGACGAAGAAAAUAAAAUCAGUAUUCCGGUUAGCACGGAGACCAUUAAAUUGGGUAAGUCACUGAAAGCACAAGGAAGCUUAAGAUUAUUUUUCGAUCUUGUUAAUCAAACAUCUUCACGUGAUAUACAACUUUACCAUGAUGUUAUUGGUGUGAUAGUUAUUCUUUUUGAGAAUCUGUUGCUUGAUCCAAAUUUCUUAACACACUUUGAAGUUACUUGGAAGUUGAGCUCACUUUCAACUCCUGCCUCUGAACUGCGCAUCAGCAAAGUUGUUAGGAUGAAUAAAAGUUUACUUUCUUCAUUUGCCGCAUAUUUAAAGGGUGAUGAUGAGCCCAAGGAAGAAGACAUUGACCAUGCACGGACUGCCUUGGGUUGUGUUUCCGGCAUCGACUUUACCGAAUCCAUCUUCAAGAAUAAAAAUCUCGUUACCUCAAAUUUUGUGGAAGUAUUGCUUGAAUCUAUUCACAUUUCCAGGUCGUUAGAAAAUGAAAGAUUCUUUGAACACGAACUACUAUUUCUAAUAGAGACUUCUAUUUUUAUGACUAUGUUUCAUAAACUUGACAAUACUUUAUACCAGAUAAUCUUCGAGAAAGUGAAUAGUAUAUUAAAUGAUGUGGACAUUCUUUCCAAGGAUACAGUCAGGCGCCUUGCUUCCUACAAGUUGAUAUUGUUACCUAAUUUGGAUAAUUCAGCGGGCCUAUUAAUCGAAUUUAUAAAUCAAUGUUUGUUGAAGCAAAAUGAGAUAUUUACUGAAGACUAUUUUGAUACUGACGAAGGUGAAGUAUUUAUUAGCAGGAUAUUACAAAUUAUCUCUGAAAUGAAGUCAGGUAAGAAUGAAGUAUUGUCUAAUGAAUAUUUCUGGGAGUGGUCACUCCUAGUAUCUAACAUGAAAAAACAUUCAAUGACGAUAUAUACAUUCCAAGAAAGUAUUAUUCAGAAUGAGAAUAAUAUUACGAAGAAGAAUCUAAAGCAUGUGUUGAAAUUAUUAGAUAGCAUAGCAACCUUAGGCUCCAUUGGUAGUGUAUGGGAAAUUGAAUAUGAUCGUCUAGUGUUAAGGGGAGAUCACCCAGAUAUUAAUGAGAAUCCUCAUCAGGGCUUAAUUGACAUUUCUUUAAAAUCUGUAAAUAUGACUGCACGUCUAUUGAAGGAAAAUGAGGUUGAAGAUUUUUCCAAUGACGAUAUUAUCACUGUUAUUCAAACUUUAGUUCAUCAAUGCUUGAAUCCGUGUGACCAAAUUCGGUCAUAUGCUCUAAGUUCAUUAGAAGAUGCCAUCCUUGAAAAUAGGCAUAUAAAUAGUGGUGAUGGUUCUUUAAUUGAGAAGAUAAUAGAGCAAGGAUUGACGCCUGUCAUUAGUGAUUUAACGAAUAUUAACAGUACUGGUGCUCAAAGUGAUGAAGAUGAUAGGAAGAAACAUGAUUUGAUAAACCAUAUGAUAGUUUCCAUGAUUGGUAGGAUCUAUCUUUACUAUUUGAAACAAGGCAUAUGCACGGCCAAUACGUACAUGAUAGUAUUAGGUGCUUUCAAUCAUUUUGUUGACGAUCCUAAAAUGGAGACUGAAUUACAAAGAUUGAUAACGGAGAAGGAUAAAAUUGAGGCAGAACGUGAUACUAGUGUUGUGAAAGAAUCGGCAACUAUACAGACAAAUUAA